AUGCGCUCGCCCAAACCGUUCUUUAUGGUAGCGUGUCUGGUGCUGCUAUAUUAUUCCACCGCCUUGGCAAUCAUAGGAGAAACAUCUGCAUCCGAGAUGGACAAGCCAGAACCAGACUACAAGUUGCUAGCGGAAAUUGUGACUAGCUCGCCUGAGGCCCUACGCAUGUAUAUGAGAUUCCUCAGUGACUGGGAGAAGAUUGCUGCAAGACCAAGGUAA